AUUUAGUCCACAGGUUUGUUUACGGGUGGAGAAAACAUGGAAAAACCUCCAAACAUGGCGAGUGAGAGACUUAAUUUUCAUUUCUAAAUGGACGUGAAUUUACGUGAAUAAGGACACGCUGACCUCUGCUGGUCAGGGUUUGACCUGGACUGACAGAGAUCGGAGAAGAAGAGGUUAUGUGCAGCGGUUUGAUUGACAGCCUGUUUCUUCUGCUUCUGUAUUUUUCCAUUCACCAUUCAGCUUCGCUAUCCACAUAUCUCAACAUCUCAAUGCAUUCUGUAAACAUGAAGCACAUCUUGAAAUGGAGCCAACUGCAAACGGCCUGUUCCACUUUCAACCACACUGUACAAUUUCAAGGAGAGUACGAGUUGCACAAACUCAAUGGUUCUUGGGUGGACGCGUACGACUGUCAGGAGAUUCGAGAAAACCGCUGUGACCUCACUCAUGAUCUGGCCUCCAACUCUGACUACAGCAUUCGCAUAAAGACAAACUGCGAUGGCCAGAAAUCGUGGACGCAACUUCCAAAGACCUUCAACAGGAAAGACACGGUGUUGCUGACUCCGGAAAUGAUCGUGAACGUGGAGGGGGAUCCUAUUCAGGUGGGCUUCAACACAACGCUUUCGGCAAUCACUGUAAAGCUUAAAGUCUGGACAGAAGGAGACGAACAGAAUGCCUUAACUGACAUGACGAGAGCUUAUCCCUAUCAUUUUUCCAUUGCUGCUCAUCGAGGGAAAGAAAAGAUGUGCUUCAGGGCAGAAGCACUAGUGGACGCCAUUAACAAAAGCUGCAGCACUGACACGCAGUGUGUCAUCAUGCAUAAGCAGACAUCUGACAUGCCAGUGAUAGUGAGCGUUGCUGUAGUGAUAGCGCUUGCUGUGGCUUUUAUUCUGGGAUGGUCUGUUACGCGUUUUAGCCCACAGAUCAAACACAUCAUUUGUCACAGAGAGCCAAUUCCCAGUGCACUGCUGAACAACUGCCCUGCAAGAGCACCAAAUCUGUUUACUGUCUCAUCGGAGCCCACAGAACCGCUUUUGGUGCUGGUCCCAACAUUGGUGCAGAUGGAGACGAAUGAGCGAUGAACAUUAUCUGAAAACAUCAAAUCAAGUCAUCACUGAUAUGGUGGCCAUUUGUAGAUAUACUCCAGUUACUGCUGGACCAUAUGUGGUAUUUAAAGGGAUAGUUCACCCAAAAAUAAAAAAUGACUCAGGAUUUACUCCCCCUUAAAUUCCAAACCUUUACAAGUUUCUUUCUUCUGUUGAACACUAAAGAAGAUAUUUUGAAGAAUGCUGAAAACCGGUAACCAUUGACUUGGUUUUAAAAACAAACACUAUGGAAGUCAAUAGUUCCAGGUUUCCAUCUUUCCUCAAAAUAUCUUCCUUUGUGUUCAGCAGAAAGUCAGAAAGGCUUGAAACAAGUAAAAGGUGAAUAAAUGAUGACCAUUUUGGGUGAACUAUUCAAUAGUAUCUGGAUGCAGCCUUUAUGAUGCAAGCUGAGAUUGCAUCGCUCAGCGAUGCAAUGUCAGACACAAUGCACUCAAUGGAGUGAGUGACGUCACAGUGACGGGUAGGGUUAGGUGAGCACAUUAAAAAGCAUUGGAUGCAGCUCAGAUUGCACUGCACCAGGUCUGCAGUCUCCAACUAUUCCUUUAAACGGAAUAAAUCUGAUUCUGAUUACCUCUUGUUGGAGAAUGGGACAGAUAUUACAGAUUUAGGCCAUUGUUUCUCUUGAAUCAAGAGUCAUGCUAUUAAUGGUUACAAUUUUGUAGUCACCUCUGAAACACAUUUGGACAGUAAACACAAAUCAAGAGUGCAGCGUAAUCGACUAUGAAGACUGUAUAUGAAGCGUUGUAAUAAUUAAGGCAUUACAUACAUUUACAAUUAGUCAUUUAGCAGACGCUUUUAUCCAAAGCGACUUACAAAUUAGGACAAGGAAGCAACUUACACAACUAUAAGAGCAACAAU